AUGUCACCUACAAUCAUCGACCUGCCCGAAGAAAUCCUUCUGUGCAUCACAUCGUAUCUCGACCGCUCCGCCUGUCUCAGUCUUGCCACUACCUGUAAGGCUCUUCAGCCCUCUGCAGAAUCCAGCGCAUGGACCCACUUAAAUCUGUCACUCUAUGGGUCAGACCAGAGCUCGAUGGGGAACAUCAUCUUCGGGAAGCAACUGAAAGACGCCAGGGGGACUUGGCCUCGACUCUUAUCCACAGUGUCUUUCCCAUGUGCGACCUCUUUCAGAGUCACCAAUCUGAUGGCAGAUAUUCGUAUCCUCUUGUACGCUCAUCCCCGAUGGCUCAGAAGUGUCAGAACGAUAUCCGUAGACAUUGAUACUGUCAUCAACGAACCUCUGCAAGAACUGCUCGUCUCACUCUCCGGCUCAUUAAAUGAGUUGGAGUUCAAACCCCCAUAUCAUCCUUGCUACCCAAAUUUGUCCUGCAGCCAAAUGAGUCUUACUCAGCUUUUUGAGGGGAUGGACAAACAGUUGACCAGCUUAAGGCGACUUCACCUUACCCUCAACAAUAAGUGGCAGGAUACUGUUCAAGCUGCUUUGCUUUGUGCUCCAAUGAUCACCUGCUUGAAAUUGACACCGGAAAGCAUUUACUGUGGCGGAUGGGAGAAGAAAAUGUUCUUCGAGGAACCGGAUGAAAGAGAGUGGCCAAGACUGCCACAUUUGAGGCGGAUCGAAGUGGAGGAGAUGUACGAGCAGAUGGCGAGCAUGCUGGCUAGUCUCAUUCAAACCUCUGAUCAAGUUGAGCACCUGAUCUUGGGAGAUCCUGUUGGUAGAUGGGCGCCAAAGUCAGAAAAUCCCCUCAUCCAGCAAUUAUCAAGAUUGGACAGCUUAAAAACACUCACCAUUUCCGCCCGACCUUUGGAAGCGUUAGCGGCCAUCAGAAAGGAUAUCAUGACUGAAAUUGAAGUAAAAAUCUUAGACCCGGUCAAUGAGUGCUAG